GCCGUCCACUUGGACGGACAUCACCCACGAGUAGAUGUGAAUUAUGAAUAAGAAGGAAUGGAUGCUGGAUGGAUGGAAUAUUAAUGGGCUGGGCGCACGCACGCCUUCUGUUCACUCCGUCCGUUUCUUCCCUCCCUACUUCCCACCCACCGACGGGUGAGUGACGACGCGCUACAACGUGGAAGGAUGAAGACUUGUCAAGCGCUCUCGAUCUCAAAUGCGCAACGCUAUUUGCUGUUGAGUCUGAUCGGAGUGGCUCGUAUAGGUGUACUUGCACAAAGCACGACGAGUUGCGUGCCUCACCAAGGCGAUGAUCAACACGGAGACUCGGACGACGACGACGAUAAUGGAGAAAAUGACGAUGCGAGUGACCACACGUCCCAUUCAUUCUGCGGAGUACCGACGGGAACGAGAACGGGGACAUGGACGAGGACGUUUACAGGAACACCUGGCGCGACAGGUAAUGGCGGAUCCUUAGCUUCGGCAUCGUCCACAGGUGGUGCGGCACGUGGUGGUAAUAAUGCGGACAUAAGCACAGGCGGCGGGAUCAGCAAAGGGUCCAUUGCGGGAAUUGUCAUUGCCGUCAUUGUUGCUCUGAUAGUUGCCUCAUACGCCCUCUGCUUUUUCCGACGUCGUUAUGUAAGGAAGCGAAGGCAACAGCAACUCGUGAAGAAACAAUCGUUACUCGGACCCUCAUUUGUGGUAUCUUCGCAGCCAACUGGGACCAAAGAAGGCGCCGUGGUGAUGUCAAAUGUUGAGCCCUCGCACCCGCCAGGCCUCUAUCGGAGUCCAAGUCGAACGCUCCCACAAAUCCCAUAUGAUACCCCCGCAUAUACUUCGACAGACAAUCUCGCCUCGCUUUCGUAUACGCACCGCGAAUCGACAGUGUUGUCAUAUAUCUCACCUUCCGAGUCAACAGGUGUGACGGCCGCUACUGCUGGACAUGGGAGCAACGGUGGCAACGGACGUGUCAGCCUGCAUGAAGGGUUGGUUGCGCGACAGAAAGAACUCGAAACAGAUUAUCGGCGGUUAGAAAUGGGACAGCUGGACGAGCAUCCAGUCAUAGUGGGCAUGUCUGGAGCUGCUCCUAUACAGACGCCAGAACAUCCACCGCCCCGGUACGAGUAAGGACGUUUGUACCUGAUUUCUUGCUUGUAUACUGUCUCUCACUAGAG